AUGGGCAGCAGCUUGCUUAGACACCGUUUUCCUAUCUUGAUUUAUUAGAGGCGUAUCUCUGUCUGCAUCUCCCUCAUUUCGCUCCUUUGUGACGAUAGUGUCGCUCUGCUCUGCUCCAACCUAUAUCAGCAGGUAAAUGGAUGUCGUCAGGCGGAGGUCGAUGUGAAUGAGUUACAAGAUAUUUUAAACUCAAUGCAACUGGCGAUCGCCUGCAACUAGCCCAACAAUUCAACAGAGUACUAGGUAGCCGAGUACUGGAGAAUUCGGGACAAGUAACAACACAUGCAAUGCAAUGCCUGAGCAGACCUGGAAUAACCCGGUGGUGUCUUCUCUUGGUUACACUGUGGAGUCAGUCUGUUUCCCUCUCUUUAUGUGAACUGAAUACAAAUGGGGAAGAGAUCCACAUGGAAUUGGAAGGAUCUGAGCGUCCCAUCAUUGAUACUGCGCAAGAGAGCAGGUUCUCCAGUGAUUUGAGUCUCGUCCGACCGCUGAAACUGGGUUGCUAGUUCUGAGUGUGUGUGUGUGUGUGUGUGUUGGGGGGGGUGGGGGGUGGGGUGUUUAAUUUCGACAGUAUCGCACAAUUUGGGCUUUCCAGCAAAACCCUGAUUCUAGAACAUGCACAGGAACUUUCGACGGUGGAUUCUGUAUGUCUUUCUCUGCCUGGGUUUCAUCUACGUCAAGUUAGGAGCGUUGUCCUCGGUGGUCGCCUUGGGAGCGAAUAUCAUCUGCAACAAGAUCCCAGGUCUGGCGCCCCGGCAGCGGGCGAUCUGUCAGAGCCGCCCGGAUGCCAUCAUCGUGAUCGGGGAAGGGGCGCAGAUGGGGAUCAACGAGUGUCAAUACCAGUUCAGGUACGGCCGGUGGAACUGCUCAGCCCUCGGGGAGAAAACAGUCUUCGGACAGGAGCUCAGAGUGGGUAGCCGAGAAGCAGCAUUCACUUAUGCCAUCACUGCGGCUGGUGUAGCUCAUGCAGUGACUGCUGCAUGCAGUCAAGGAAACCUGAGUAACUGUGGCUGCGAUCGAGAAAAACAGGGCUACUACAACCAAGAGGAAGGCUGGAAAUGGGGAGGCUGCUCUGCAGACAUCAAAUAUGGAAUCGAGUUCUCAAGGAAAUUCGUGGAUGCAAGGGAAAUCAAAAAAAAUGCCAGGAGGCUGAUGAAUCUGCAUAACAAUGAGGCUGGGCGAAAGAUUUUGGAAGAAAGAAUGAAGUUGGAAUGCAAAUGUCAUGGUGUCUCUGGCUCGUGUACAACCAAGACGUGUUGGACAACUCUUCCCAAAUUCCGAGAAAUUGGAUACAUCUUGAAAGAAAAGUACAGUGAGGCUGUUCAUGUUGAAGCUGUCAGAGCCACCAGGUUACGGCAGCCCACCUUUCUUAAAAUCAAGAAGCCCAGGACCUAUCGAAAGCCCAUGGACACAGAUCUAGUUUAUAUAGAGCGAUCGCCGAACUACUGCGAGGAGGACAGCUCAACGGGGAGUGUAGGCACCCAGGGAAGAUUAUGUAAUCGCACCUCUCAUCAUGGAGAUGGCUGCGACCUGAUGUGCUGUGGUCGAGGUUACAAUACCCACCAGUAUACCAAAGUGUGGCAGUGCAACUGCAAGUUCCAUUGGUGCUGCUUCGUCAAAUGCAACACAUGCAGUGAAAGGACUGAAGUCUUCACCUGCAAGUGAGGAAGUUAUGCUGACUAAAAAAAUAAACACUUCAUGCUAGGGGGAAAAGAGACACAAUGAAAGAGAAACGGAGAGGAAAGAAAAGAGGAGUCAACAAAAGAAGAAUGGAAUUUAAUACCAAUUUACUACAACAUCAGUGUCGUAUCUACUUUAAAAAAAUGCAUUCUUUGCUUAAAAGGAUGUUGCAGGUUGGCUGAUGUUUCCACCUCAUGAUCAUCAUAAAAGAGGAGUCAGAUGCAAUUUGACAUACUUAAUACCAGUGCAAAGCUGCAACAAUUGCAAUGCACUCUGGGAGCUGCAGUCCAUUCUUAUGGGCAGUAUUAUUGAUAUAUGUAUGGCAAGUAGUGGGUGAACAAGCUACAACUCCCAGAAUGCUGUGCACUUUACAAUCUCUCCUCACUUUCAUAUUCUCCACAAGAAAUUCUGCUCAGCUAUGGCACAAUCCUAUGCUUUGAGGAAACAAAAACAAUACUUGCGCACACCAAUAAAAAAUGUGUGUGAAGCAAAGUGACUAACUGAGUACUAGGAGAGUCAUCAGAUGGCAAAGGAACACAAACAUUGUUAUGUGCUAUUGAGAACUGGAAAUGACUGAGUUGCAUCGUUCCAGAAAUGAUGUGCUGACAUUCAGUGUAAGGCAGGAGGACGUGCAGAUCAUUUUGUUUGAAAAUGACUAAAUAUGUGUCUUGUCCAGUCUCACUGGAGCUGUUUGGAUACUUAAAGAAAAGUUUAUUUAUGUUAUAGAAUGAAAGUAAAACUAAGCACUAACGGGUAGUAAUAUUGUAAUUUUUUUAAUGUAAACUUGUUAGAUUCUUUCCUGACUUAUAACACAUUCAUUUGGAUAUUUCCCCAAUAUUUCUCUGAAACUACUUUGCAUACACAUCAAGAGUUUAACAAGAAGUGUGGCUAGGCUGAUAUAGAGGGACUUGUGAACCAAUUAAUUUUAAAGGUGUUCAUAGAUUCAAAUACUCUUGAAAAGAAUUAAUUUAUUUUGAAAGGAAGUUCCUGAAUCCGGGGACAAAGGGAUAUUAUAUGCUACUGGUAUGGCUUACCAUAAUCGUUGACAAAAAAUGUUUUUUUAUAGUUAAGGAAAUCUUUUUACCCAAGUCAAUUCAUUGAUACUUAAUUUGAUUCGUAUUGUUUCUCCACUUAUCCCUGGUCAUGUUACAUUUUUCAGAGAGAGGACAUCUUAGAAAAGGUGAUCUUGGCUGCAAUUGUACUCUGUUGGUUAUUAUAGAAGUAUUUCAUUUCACUAAGUGACUAUAAUGUAAUUUGCCCAUUGGUUGGUCUAUAUGUAGCUUUGUUCCCUCACCCCAUGCAUUAAGUGGAAUACAAUGCAUUGUAGUUCUCAUUAGGUGCUUCCUCAUUUUGCCUACAGUGCAAGAUGUGUCACAUUUUGAGACUGACAAAUUGAAGUUCAUCAUGGGUGUGGACAGUUCACUGACUAACUCCGAAUUCUAAAACCCUACAAAUCUUAUAGUUUGAUGAGGUAGAUUUAUUUUAUCCUCCCCACAGUUCCCUCUUUUGGUCCCCAUUGCUACUUUGUAUCUCCAAUCACAAAAAGGAAAAAAUUUGCCGCUUCAGGUUUGGCCAAUGGAAGGUAUAUGUUGCUCAGGCAGCAGAAUAGACCCAGUCAGUUUGUUCACCCUGGGACAUACACCAUUCAAAGCAACACACUACAACUGACAAGCCAUGCCAAGACACUGUUUGAAUGCUCUAAUUGAAAUCCCUUGAACAUGGAGGUCAGGGCAAGGCUGGGCAUUGAAUGUGGUGCCUUCUGGGAAACCAUCUCCAGAGCGUUGAUGCCACACUGGAAGCCCUGCUGUGCAUAACAGCAUGACUGAGAAAUUGAAAUGAGAUGACUCAUGAUUGCUACAGUUAUCUUUAAGUGAGUACCUGCCAACUAUGCCUCCUCUCUUGGCCCAUACAGUUUCUACACCAGAACACUUUCAUUGAUGACCAAGUGCAAGCACUGUCCAACCUCGAUUUUGAAAGUUACAUUCCUUCCUUUUAAAUUACCGCCUCUGGUAUUUUCCUCUGUUGACAGUGUCCUUCAUCUGAUUGUGCCAAAUGGACUUGACUGCGGAUGGUGGCACAACUGAAGUCGGUGUCACUCUGUGUCAGCUGAUAGGUUAGAGUUCUAAAAAUGACUGGCACAUUUUCAUUAAGGACACCAGUCAAGUCUGUAUUUGCACCCAAAUCACCGCUGUAGGUAGCCAGAGUUCUGCCGCUACUGCUAUGCUUUCCACAAUUCAAUUUUUUCAAUUAAAUUGACCAAAAAAAAAGUAAAGGAAGUGCUGAGUGUAGACCCCAGUCAAGACCAUAGACAUAGGACAUAGCACAUAUUUAAAUAUCAAACAGCCUUUCAUGAACCUUAAUAAAAACAGAAUUACCUAGAAA